AGUGGCGCGGGCAGGGCUCCCGGCGCGAGAAGCUCCUGCAGCAGCACAUUCAUCCGCUGCCAAGGGGAGCCGCCGGGCGCUCGCAGACUCCGAGCGCGCCGCUCCGCCGCGCCAUCCCGCCGCCGCCUCUUCCGGAGCCAUGGCCGGCCUCGGCCACCCCGCCGCCUUCGGCCGAGCCACCCACGCCGUGGUGCGGUCGCUGCCCGAGUCCCUGAGCCGCCACGCGCUGCGGCGCGCCCAGGGCGAAGAGGUGGAUUUCGCCCGCGCCGAGCGCCAGCACGAGCUCUACGUGGGCGUGCUGGGCAGCAAGCUGGGGCUGCAGGUGGUGCAGCUGCCCGCGGACGAGAGCCUGCCCGACUGCGUGUUCGUGGAGGACGUGGCGGUGGUGUGCGAGGAGACCGCCCUCAUCACCCGGCCCGGGGCGCCCAGCCGGAGGAAGGAGGUUGACAUGAUGAAAGAUGCUUUAGAAAAACUGCAGCUCAACAUAGUAGAAAUGAAGGAUGAAAAUGCAACCUUGGACGGUGGAGAUGUCUUAUUCACAGGCAGAGAAUUUUUUGUGGGCCUUUCCAAAAGGACAAAUCAACGAGGUGCUGAAAUCUUGGCUGAUACUUUUAAGGACUAUGCAGUCUCCACAGUGCCUGUGACUGAUUCUCUGCACUUGAAGAGUUUCUGCAGCAUGGCGGGGCCUAACCUAAUUGCGAUAGGGUCUAGUGAAUCUGCGCAGAAAGCCCUCAAGAUCAUGCAACAAAUGAGUGACCAUCGUUAUGACAAGCUCACUGUGCCUGAUGACGUGGCUGCCAACUGUAUAUAUCUAAAUAUCCCCAACAAAGGACACGUCUUGCUGCACCGAACCCCAGAAGAGUAUCCAGAAAGUGCAAAGGUUUAUGAGAAACUGAAGGACCAUCUGCUGAUCCCUGUGAGCAAUUCUGAAAUGGAAAAGGUGGACGGAUUGCUCACCUGCUGCUCAAUUUUAAUUAACAAGAAGGUAGACUCCUGAGCUUCGAGUCCCUCCGUGGUAGCCAGCAAAGUGGCCUAAGCCAGGCCAAUGGCUCUGUACCCACUCCUGUUGUUUUCCUUGACAAUCUACUGUGCCACUAUGCUACUAACUCUUGUUUACAAAAAAAUUAAUUCCAAUUUUAAUUGCUUCAUUUUCUGAGCCCCCCCCCCUUCCUUUUACGGUGGUACCUAACCUGUGGAUUUACUAAAUGAAUUAAGCAACCUAGAAAACAUAGAACUAAAGAGUCAUUGAAAUGUGAUUAAUAGUGGUAUGGAAACACUCAUUUCCAUGUUUGUAUUAUUAUUGUACAAAUCAUUUAGUUGCAGUGUAUUACAAAAAGUGUUGAUCAGCCAGAUAAGCUAGGGAUUUUUUUUUGCCUAUAUCAUAAAUCAUAUUUUGUUCCUAUGAGAUUUCCAGGGUUCUCUACAUUUUCCUUUCUUCCAAACUCUGAAAACCUUUUCCCCAGAUACUUUCUUUGGCCUUUCCCAUUUCUCUCACAGCCACCUUGACCUUGGGUAAAAUCCAAGAACUUCUGAAGGUUCACCCUAUGUGCAUUGUUCCACCUCACGGCCACAUCUUCUGCCAUAACCCUGUUCUCCCUCCCCUAGAGGAGAACACAAGCUCCUCAGUAGAAGUGUGACCCAACUUAGAGUGGCUGACUGGGGAGGUAUGGACUACACAGAGGCAUAUCGUGACAGGGUUUGCCCCAGAGACCUAAAAUUCCAGUAGAAGGAGGGCACCACACUAGGAAGGUAAGUGGUUGGUAGGGGAAGGAAGAUCACGAAGCCUGGAAACACGCAUGGGUUCACCUUGGAAAGUCUCUGAGUCACAUGCCAUGAAUUUUGCCUAGUGACUGGUCCUAUAAGAACAAGGAAGAAGGUCUCAUUUUUUUUUUUUUCUGACUCACCUUGUAUCUACUCUUUGCAAUCAUCAAGAUCUAGCCAAGUCAUUUCCUUCAAAAGAGACAUAGCAUCUAAAAUGAUUAUUGAUGGUCUAAUGAGAGCCAGCAGGAGCCGCCCCCACCUCUUUGGUCAAGGAGCACGGUCAGGAAAUGGUAUCUAAAGCCAACUUAGACAAUGCAUGAGUGUACUUUGAAAUAUCCAUGAAUGUUUACUGUGGAAUUCAAUUAAAACUUCUUUCCUCUCUAGCCUUCACAUUACACAACUUCCAGCUGACAUGGGUCUCUUACAAAGAACAAUGCCACAGAGAAGGAAGAGAACAUUCUUUUUUCUUAAAGCUGAAUCAGGUCAGGGACAUGGUAAUUUCCAAGGCCAUCCAGGCAUGUCUUCAACCUUCCUAGUCAUCUCUACCUUCCCUGUGCUGUGUAUGGCUCGUUGUUUAACAUUUAAAACCAGGGAGACAAAGAAAGGCUACUUCAAAUCUAUCUCUGGUCACCUCUGUAAUCAGAGUUCCUUAUACUGAUGACCAUCGAGAGAAUUGCCUUCCCUCCCUUUUCCCUCAGUAGAUGCAGGUAAGGAGUCCCUGAGAAAAUCAAGGCAUCCUUAACCACUGUCUGUCUUUUACAUGUAUUUGACAGCUCUUUGAAGAAAUUGCUUCUGUUCUCUCUCUUCUUUAUUGUCUAAAUUUGGAUUCAUUUCACAUGCAAAUAUCUUAGUACAUCCUGUGAAUGAACCAUAUCUUGGUCACUAUCAAAUUUCAAAACAUCUCAUCCUAGAUGAAUAAUAUGAAUAAUAUGUUCUUAACAGAGAGACUGGAUGUUAGCCACAUGCCCAAGUUAAUAAAGAAAUAAUGCUUUCAGCAAUCAUGGUUGCCCUUUUGGGUUAAAUCUGGCCCUAUACUAGCAAAAAGGAGAAAUUCUCCCUGUGAGAGCUGACCAUCUCAAAAAAAGAAAAAGCACUGGAAAAACACCCCACCAAGCCAGUUUAGGCUAACCGACAUAAUGUUCAACAGUAUUCCCUCGGUCAUCCCAGAUUAAAGAAUUGUUCUCCAUUAGGGUGAACAGAUUCUUCUUUGUAACAGUGUGUUCUCCCAAAGGUGGUUUUCCAUUUUCCCUCUGCGUCCUUCUUUCCUUGUUUGUCUUGAGAAAUCGCUUAGAAUCUCUGUGCCUCUCUUUCCAUCUUAGCUCUUUGCUGCUGUUAUAAACUGGCCUGACUACUUUGGACUCUCUGUGUGAUUCGGUGAUGUUAAACCCAAAACACUUGCAGCACAGUAGUAUUACUGCUGUGACGUUCUCAUCAGCAUAAUGUUACCUUUGAAAAGGAAAGACGCUUGCUACCUAAGUUCUUUUCUUGUCCAUUGUGACUUACAAAAACUGCUUUUUGACGUUAUAAAGACAUGGGGAAUUAUAUUUAAAUAAGUAUAAGUCAGAAUUAUUUGCUCAGUAUGAUUCAAUUUAAUGAAAGAAUAUACAGCGAAUUCAUAAUUCAGCAUUGUCUUCAGUGAUGGAUUGCUGUAGGAAUUGGUGGCAGACCCCUCUGUUACAUGUUGAUUGCUAUUAUACACUACUAUGAACUGAUUACUAAGGCCAUCUCUUCAUCUCUAAGAAGGGAAAUUAGUCUGUAGUUGAUAGUGUGACUUACGUAGGGUUGCAUGUCAGUCUUUGUAACUAUUCACUCUUUAACAAGCUACAGAACUCAGACAUGAUUUCAACAUGGUGUUAGGUUUGUGCUUUUUUCUCUUCCUGCCUAUCAUCUUCCAGACAGUGUGUGGUUAGCCAGUCUGUGUGCCAAAACCAGUCAUGCCUCCCAUGGCCCAUUGGUCCAGAAGAGGUCUGCACCAAUGUUAGUCUCUUGCUGCCUGAUCCUACAUGUACGCCAGUUAUGAUGGAAUAAAGUGUGAGUUGUGCUUGUGCUCGA